GCCGAAUUGUUACCGUUUGAAUUGCAUUGAAACUCGUCAUGCAGAAUAACAAGAAAAAAUCGGUAUCGGUGAAAGACAAGCUCGAUGGCAACGAAAUCGAUUUGAGUCUCUUGGAACUGACUGAAGCUCCAGUUAAAGAAUUGGCUGCUGUUACAAGGGGUACUGUGCUGGACUUAUCCAACAACAAGCUUGUUACCCUGAGCAUAGCAUUCCCUACCCUCACCCAUUUGAUCAAACUUGAUUUGAGCAAGAAUCAAUUGAAGGAACUACCAGUAAAUUUUGGUGAUUUGAAACAUUUGAGACACUUGGAUCUGUACAGUAAUGAGUUGCAAAGACUUCCUGUCAGCUUUCACCAGUUGAAAGAGCUGAAGUGGCUGGAUUUGAAAAACAACCCACUCGUCUCAACUUUGGCUGAAGCUGCUGGAGAUUGUCUUGACCAGAAAGGCUGCCAAGAAGCUGCAAAGAAGGUUGUUAAGUUGAUGACCGUUGUCCACGCCGAAUUGGAAAAGAAGCGAUUGAAAGAGCUUGAAGAAAUCAAAUCGCAGCAAAUGGCCCAGAAGCAGGAAGAGGAUCGAGCGAAGGAGCGAGAGAGACAGGAAAAGAAGGCGGAAAAAGAUAAACGAAAAACCGAAGCAGUUACUAAACACCAAGCCGCCGUAAGCCAAGCAGCGGCUAAAAAAUCUGCAGUUAAUCACGCUAAAAGUGAGGGUGCUAAAAACGAAAAGAAAAACGAACGUCAACAACCCAAAAAGAUGAAGCCGAAAGUUGCAGGUCCUUCAUUCUGUGCUAAAUUCUUCAUGCUGUUGCUCCGGUUAUUCAUCCUGGUCGGUGUAGCUAUGGCCGUUGUUUUCGCAUUAAACUGGGAGGGACCCUUAACACUGGACAAUGCUGGCAAAGUAGCCGUGCGCUCAAUGGACAAAACAACUGCCUACGGUCUCGAGGUUUACGACUGGGCGUCGCCUCAUUUAUUAACAAUCCGGGAGCAAUGGAAGCAACUUUCGCGCUUUGUGGCCAAGAACGGACGCGACAUAGUCAACAUAGCGUGGGAAAGGUCGGUCCACUACACCCGAAUUGCUCAACAGGAGUUUUGGGUUUCUUGGCCAAUUGUUAUGCAGAGAACGGGCGAAGUGAUGAGCCUCACUGGCGACACCGCUGUCCACUACUGGAGGAUAGUGUGUCGUGAAGCACCAAUCUACUACAAAGAACUGGUAGAUAAGGUCACUCAAUUAUUUCACGGUACCCAAACUCACGCUGGCAAUCCUUCCUAAAAGCAGAAAAACUAAAAACAUUUUGGUUCUUGACUCUUGAAAUUCUCUAACCCCCCUUUCCCCUUAACACACAUUUGAAUGUUUAGUUAAAUGUUUAUCCCGAAUAUAUCUUGUUUUGACACUCAAAUGAUGAUGACGUCAUCGGUGUGUUUAUGGAUGUGAACAGAGAAAAAUUUGAUUUGGAAUCGAGCUUUGAUUCAAGUAAAAUCUCAUGGUUGGGAACUUUGAACUU